AUGCCUUACAUGACAGUUAUCAUCCCACAAGUCACCAAUGAGCACAAAGACACUUUCCUAGGCGCCUGGCGCACCAUUUCGAAAGAAAUGAACGAUCUCCCAUCUGUUCUCGGCGCAUCCGGGGGACAGAUUGUUGCUCAGGAUGGAGCCGCAGUGACUGAUUUCAAGUUCCUGCAAACAAUGGCAUUUGCAACACUGGAAGACGCGAAAGCAUUAGAAACAUCUGAAUGGGCACAGGCACACAAAGCAAAAUAUGAAGCAGCAGCUGCUGGUCCACCGCUCGUUGGCAUGUUCAAAGUCGCGGAUAUCCCCAAGGGUGCAACGCCGAAGGCCUUCACACAAUUCUCACGUAUCACGAUCAGUAAUGAGAGCAAACAUGGGGAGGUGAGAAAGGCGUGGGAGGAGUUGAUGGGUAUACUCGGGAAGGAGUCUUGGGGUGGUAUGAGUGUAGGUGAGGGGGAACAUGUUGGGUUAGGACUCGUGGGGUGGGAUAGUUUGGAGGAAGCUGGAGCUGCUAUGAAGGAGCCGAAGGCUGCCGCUGCGUGGACCAAGUACCACAGCCUGGGCUCGUGCAAGGACAUUAUGGUGAAGUUGGAGUGAACAAGAGAAGACCUACAGAACACGUAGAGUGCUCACAAAUAGAAUUUAAGAAGAAAUGAACCAUGA